AUGGGUACUUCGAAGGCACGCCAACCGACGAAAACUGCGGUCCCGAAGAUCCAGCCCCUACCGCGCAAGACCUUCAUUAUCGACAAUGGCGCAUAUACAAUGAAAGCCGGCUACGCGCCGGAAUUCCCGCCACCGGAAGACGAAGACACGGCCCUGUCUGCUUGCAGUGUGAUACCCAAUGCUCUCGCUAAAACCCGCGCAAACAAGGUCUUUAUCGGCUCGCAACUAUCGACACAUAUCACGGAUUGGAACGAGGUGACAUUUCGCCGGCCCGUGGAGAAGGGAUACAUCGUGAACUGGGAAGCACAGAGGGAGCUCUGGGAACAUUCAUUCCUCGAUGAGAGGACUGUGGGGAGUGAGGAUCUUCGAAUCGCGAGUCCUGAAGAAACAACGCUCAUUCUCACCGAGGCGCCGAACGCACUCCCUGUUCUGCAGAAGAAUGCCGACGAAAUCGUCAUGGAAGAGUGUGGGUUCGGUGGAUACGUGCGAUCUAUCGGACCAUCACUCAACGCCUGGAAUGAGGUGUAUUCUCUCUUUGGUGAUCCGCCUCUACAAAAGCCAGAUGCCCCCAUUCUUCCCGUUGAAUGUCUCCUGGUUGUCGAUUCCGGGUACUCCCAUACAACUGUGACUCCAGUCUACAAUGGAAGGCCUAUCCAGCGCGGCAUUCGCAGGUUAGACUUGGGAGGGAAACACCUCACAAACUAUCUCAAGGAGGUUGUAUCAAUGCGUCAGUAUAAUAUGGUUGACGAAACAUUUGUGAUGAAUGAGAUCAAAGAGACUGUUUGCUACCUGAGCAGUGAUUUCUCUGGUGAUAUGGAGAAAACAUGGAAGGCCAAUCAGAGGCGUCUGCAAAUGGAGCCAGACGAGAGCAUCACUGUGGAAUAUGUCCUGCCUGACCCAAAUGCGGGCAAAAAGGGUUUUAUGCGACCGCAUGAUCCUCUCCUCAAGGCCAAAAAAAGGAAGAGCCUGCUGUCGGGUGCUACAACGGAAGCCUUGUCAGAAGAUGUCCUGAUCCUAGGCAACGAACGUUUCACAGUACCCGAGAUAUUAUUCACCCCGAGUGAUAUUGGUCUGAAACAGGCCGGCAUAGCAGACAUGGUCCUGCAGAGCCUCUCUGUACUGCCUACUGGGUUGCAUCCUUCGUUUCUGGCUAAUGUUCUGGUUGUUGGGGGCAACUGCCUGCUACCAGGCUUCAUGGAUCGGCUAGAAACGGAACUGCGCCAGAUCGCCUCAGCAGAGUGUGUUGUCAGAGUCCGACGUCCAAAAGACCCCAUUAGAUCAACCUGGCUAGGUGCUUCUCGUUUCGCGACGAAUAGAGAGGAGCUAGAACAGGUCGCGAUCACCAGGCAGGAAUACUUAGAACAUGGGUCAGGAUGGGCUUCUAGGAAGUUCUCAGGUGCAAUCAAAGCCGCGCCUUACCUGGGUCUUACUUGA